CCCCUUUGCGCCCAUCUAUUCAAGUUGCUAUCCCGAAAAGUCGACGUCGUUGACGAUGGAGAAACCUACCACUCAUAUCGCGGCGAUCACGUCCGCAGCUAUUAGAAUUACUUCCUUUAUUUUCCUUCGAUACGCCGCCGUACCCGUAAGUCGCCGCGAGCCUUGCGAUCCUCGCCCGCGCCGCCUCCCUCACACUGAUAUGCGCCUAUAGCCUUUUAUUCCGUUAAUAUACACCCUCUUCGUAAUCUACGCCCCAACUUUCAUCUCGAGCUACAUGACCGAAUCCCGAUACGCGCUUAUCGACUCAGCCAACGUCGAAGUGAGGGAAGAAGUGGUAAACCAGGAUGAUAUUGCCGAUGGAAAUGCAAACGGGCCCGUUGUAGUUGAGGAGGUUGACGUAGAGGAGAUCGCAACAGUCGUGCCCAGAGAACCGAGUCCUAUCGUCACCCUGCUAAAGGGAAUCCCGAGCCCCAACAGCCUUCUCCUGACCGUCUUCACAUUCCUAAUCAAUAUUGCGUGUGUCUUGAUGGUCACCGACAUGGUCUACUCGCCCGCGCGAUUCCAUCCCAGCCAUGACCUCUCGUUCGCCCGCGUCGGGUACGUUUCGGACACGGAGGCGAAGUUGUUGAUUAGGGAGCCGGACCAGUCCAAGAUGCCUAUUACGGUUCGGAUUCAUAUCAAGGAUGCCAAGCCGCCGUUUGACAAUCCUCUUUGGCAGACCGUUGGCGGCGUAAGCCGUACCACCAACGAAACCGAUUAUACUGCAGUGGUCAGCUUUCCCCUGAGCCACUCUAAGCAGCGUGUGUACGAGUGGACCACCUCGAACAACCACUCGGGCGAAUUCACAGCCGCCCCAAAGCCGGGGACCAUGCCGGACCUAUUCGAUGGCAAAUUUACUUUCGUGUCUACUUCGUGCAUCGUUCCUCGACUUCCCUACAACCCGAUGGACCACCCCUUAGCUUUCCCCGGCAUGAAACACCUGGCUAAGGUUCUGCCGAACUUGGGCGCCCAAUUCAUGUUAUUCCUCGGCGAUUUUAUCUACAUCGACGUGCCUAAACGGUUUGGCGACUCCAUCGAGGACUACCGUCAGAAGUACCGCCAAGUCUACGCCUCUCCCGACUGGCCCGCCGUAGGCCAAAACCUCAGCUGGAUUCACGUGCUUGACGACCACGAGAUCUCUAACGACUGGGACUCGAACUCGACUGGCAUAUAUCAAGCGGCUGCGGACCCGUGGCAUCAUUAUCAAACCAAGGUUAACCCCCCGCCCGCGAAGAGGGCCGGAAGCUCAGGUCUCCUGCCUCGUAAGGAAGCAAGUUACUUCUCGUUUACGCAGGGCCCAGCCAGCUUCUUCAUGCUCGACACUCGGACCUAUCGCUCUAAGAAUUCCGAGCCGUUCGAUAGUCCGAACAAGACGAUGCUCGGUGAGACGCAACUUGGAGAUCUACUCGACUGGCUUCACCGCCCCGAACUCAAGGGAGUGAAGUGGAAGAUUAUUGCCAGCUCCGUCCCAUUCACCAAGAAUUGGCGGGUGAACACCCGCGACACUUGGGGUGGAUUCCUUUCCGAGCGUCGAAAGAUUUUAGAAGCAAUGUGGGACGCCGGUAACCUCGGAGUCGGUGUCGUGAUUCUGUCCGGUGAUCGACACGAGUUUGGCGCGACUGCUUUUCCGCCGCCCAAGGACAGCGAGUGGACUGAGGCCGUUACAGUCCACGAAUUCUCCGCAAGCCCUCUAAAUCAGUUCUAUUCGCCCAUCGGCACCUAUAAACAGACAGACGACGAGGAUGUUAAGCUCCAAUACAUAAAUGUGGGCAACUCCAAGUUUGGCGCCGUCACCAUCGAGAAGCAAGCGGAGAGCGAGCAGAGCCGUCUAAACUAUACCAUAUAUAUCGACGGCGUGGAUAAGUGGAAUACAGUGAUCUUGUCCCCGCCGCCAUUGCAGCCCGUCAGGACCGCAACCUCCCUCUGGAACAGGCUCCUCGGUGUCUGAGCACCGUAUUCUCAACGUAUAAUAUAUAUAGGGCCCUGACUAUCGCCACGCUGUGGAGCGUACACACAGAAGGUAGGCGCGCUGAAUAUCGAGGCAAAGAUGAUAAUUCAGAAGUUGGGCCUAUUUCCAGUUUCUUUUUUUUUUUUUUCAACAUGACGAUACCCGUCCUCAUGGUGGUGUGGUGCCUGUGCAGCAGGUCAC